CGGCUACAUCAGGAUGCAGGUGAAGCUCAGAUGGAGGCAGACCAGGAGGAGGAGGAGGAGGAGGCUUCUGCAGCAAUGCUGUGGUCCAUCCAGGAGGCACUAGAGAGGCAGACCCUGCAGAUUGGAGCAUCAGCCUGCGGGGCCACAUCAGUGGUGGAUGUCCUGAAGGCCCUUGGCCUUGAUGUGGCCCCAGAAGAAGCUGACCGCUGCGUCCAAACCCGGCUGAGGAAGAACGAGUCUCCGCUGCCUGACUACCUGCUGUCCCGCAGUGAAGCUGGCGCGACUCACGCUCAGCUUAUCCAAGGCGCUCUGGAGGCCAGCAACGGGAAGGCGGUUGGCAGGUUCUUCCACCUUUAUCCCCGUCGCCGCUUCAGGUUGGUCCGCUGGCUCGCACACUGGAUCAGAAAGGGCGCUGUCCCCGUGGCGACCAUGAACAUGCAGCUGGCUGUGCCCGAGGGCGAGGAGGUGCCCGACGCUUGGCACCAUCAGCUCAUAUUUGGAGUCGCACCCAAUGCCGUUUUUAUGACCAACCCUUUGGAUGUGGUAAGUGAGGACGAGGUGCAUCAGAGACUCUGCAGCCAGUCAGUGCUGCUGGUUCGUCGAGAAGACGUCCUGCAGAGAUUAAUGCCUGAUUGCUCGCUGUCCGGCCUCUCAGAGAACCCGUCCGGCCCGCGCUGGCAGGAGCUGGAUGUCGAAGGUCAAGUGAGAAACAUGAUCUUAGAGGAGGAGCUGGAAGAAGAUAAACCCAAGAUGACUCAUAUUACCAUCCCAGCAGCUUAUAGUUCAGGGAUCACGCUGUUCGCACUAAGAGACACGGAGCUGGCACAAGAGCUCCUCAAGGCUCCUGAGGUUCCUUUGUUGUGACAUCUGGCAUGUCACUCCAGGACUAAGACAACCUAUUGUAGAAAUACUUCUCAAUCCUUGCUUCCUGCAGCUUUGAGGCAGCUGAAUAAAGCUGGAAUAGAAAGAAGCUCCUUUUAUCCAGUCAACUGUAGAGCUGAGUUUCUAUGUUUAUUGAUUUUUUUCAGAAGCAGUAAAUGCCUCGGCUCCAUCUUAGAUAUCUGAGUUUUCAAAACGGUGUUAAAGAUGAUGGAGUUACUGAGCAUCGGUCUGCGCCACGGCCAUUCAUGAGGUUUGGUUCAUUUUUCUGCUCCACUUUCAGCUCGAAGCUGCAUUUCACCCACCUGAGAUCUAGAAAAGCUGCAUUCUUAGCUGUAUUUCCAUAUUUCACACAUGUUUAAACAUAUAGCAGAAUAAUUCUGUUUGUUCCGGUAUGUUUACGUGGAUCUUCUAUUUUUCUUUUUAAAAAUAAACUUAUUCUCUCCUA